GAAGUGGGACUGUGGAGUGAAUGGUCUACCUAAUAACUUCCAGGCACGCACUCUUCAGCUAUAACACUGUAAUUAAUUAUCUUGGAGGAAGGAUACUUAUUGCAGAUGUUGCUUAAAAAUUAUAAAUACAAGUCAGAGCAAGUACGGAAUAAGUUCAUUUCAAUCUGUCGAGUCGAUCAUCCUGGCAACAAGCGGGGAACGGCGGAGCGCAACAUGCAACAAAUAGUAAACAAUAAACGUGAUGAGUGAUGUGAUGAGCAAUAUCGGUAAUACUAAUAUCCCUGCCGUGUUUGCAACGUCAUCUUACUCUACAUUGCAAGACUUUUAUAGACGGAAUAUUUAUUUGAUUAAAUUUCAAUUAGUUUUAUUAUAUAACAUGUAUUUUUAGUUCUUCUUUACUUUAUAUUUUUUCCGCUCAAUAAUUACUAUAUAGUUGUUUUUUCGUCUAAUUGUGUGUAUAGCCUCUAUUUAUUUUUUUCCCAUAAACCACAUUUUGUAAUUGAAAAUGGUAUAGAUCUAACACGCACACACACACACACACCUUCUAUCUUCUUUUCUUUUAUCCAAACCAAAGAAAAAAUUAGGGAGCACCCGUGUGAUAAUUCAAGCUUUUCACCUGGAGUUAGAAAUCAGCUGACAUCAACAUUAUCACUGCACCGCAACCACCACCACCAACCGCCGCCACUUCAUCCUGUUGUGUGCCAGGUGCUCGUGGGAGUGUAUGCGUUGCGUGGAAAUAUUGAGUAUUUCCUUUAAAGAGAGCUGAGGGAGGGAAAUAAGAGGUGGCCACAAGUGAGUGGCCUUCAUGCUGGGAACAAGGGGAGUUGUGCUCAGGGCAGGAGGGCGACAGUUCACCAGAGUACUAAGUGGACUAAACCCGAGUGAGGGCAGUCCAGACCAGUGCUCUGGGCCAAUGGUAGCAACACGGAGCCUCUCGUCUGAAGCCCCACCCCAAGGCCCACGUGUCCCCCCAGCCUCAGGAGCCACCAUGCCGGACACUGAAGCAUCCUACCCAACACUGGAGAAGCUGGGACUCAUUGCGGCAGAGCAUGUGCGCAUCAAGGACCCAGCCAAGGUUGAGGAGUUGGUCAACACCAUCAUAAGUGGAGGCUUCUCAAGGCUGCAGCUUGUGGUGGAUUUUGACUUCACUCUCACCAGGGUUCACAUGGGAGGACAGCGCUGCCACUGCUCUUGGGGGAUCAUGGACAACAGCCCAGACAUGCCUGAGUAUUACCGAGAAGAAGCUAACCAGCUGCUGGCCAAGUAUUACCCGAUUGAGGUGGACCCCAAGAUGACAGAGGAGGAAAAGAUUCCAUACAUGGUGGAAUGGUACCAGAAGAUUCAUGACCUGCUUGUCAAGUGUUCCAUAAAGCAGGCAUCCAUUGAGGGCAUGGUGUCAGCCAGCAGCGCCAGAUUAAGGGAUGGAUCAGAGGAGCUUUGCCAGAAGUUGCAUCGUGCCGGGGUGCCUGUGCUGGUGUUGUCCGCUGGGAUGGGGGAUGUACUGGAGCAAGUUUUGAGGCAUUUUAAAGUCUACACUGACAAUGUCAAGGUUGUGUCCAAUUUCUUUAAAUACAAUGACCAGGGCAUCAUGGUGGGCUUCAAGGGCAGCUUGAUUCACAUGUUUAACAAGAAUGAGGAUGCCAUUCAUUCUUCUGACUACUUUGAGAAGCUACAAAACAGGACCAAUGUGAUACUGAUGGGGGACUCCCUAGGGGACAUCAAGAUGGCCCUUGGGGUGCCCCAGCCCAGCAGCGUACUCAAGAUUGGUUUCCUCAAUGACAAGAUUGUGGAACGUCUACCAGCCUUCAUGGACAAUUUUGACAUUGUGCUUCUUGAUGACCAGACUAUGGAUGUGGCUAACUCAAUAGUUGAUUUAUUAAAGUAAUUUCCAGUGCCUGCAGUCAACUGUUCCAAGAAAACAGUACAAGCCAGACAAGUAACAAAAAAAAAAAGAAUAAAUAAAUAAAUAAAAAAAAAAAUCUAUGCUGGAGGAUUAACAAGUGGCUCAGCAUUACCUAAGGGAUAUAUAUUCUUCAUAACAAUUUUAACUGUUAUCAAGUUCUGAACAUUUUUUGAAAUUUUUGAAUAAGUGUUUUAUUUAGAAGGUAUAGCAUGUCGUGUUAGAGUGGUGAACACAUUGGAUAGGAAUUGUUCUUUGUUGUAUUUUGUUGUGAAAGGUUCAAGAUUGGUAUUGUGCCUCAGGAAGAUACUGAGCCUGGUACAUUGAAAUCUUGCAAAAACUUUGCGGUUGUCCAUCCUUCAGUCCAUGCUGUAGGAAGCAGCUGAUUAAUUGUACCCAGUACCCGUAACAAUUGGGUGCAGUGUAUUUAGCAAGAAUUUUUUUUUUUUAUGCCACCAGUGGUGUGUCAGCUCUUAUAUGUAAAAAAUAUGUUACUAUUUGUUUACUUGCCUUAUUUUGUUAAUUUGUUUGGUUUGGUUGUGCACUCUUUAGUUUAAGAAAUGUCCAUGUGGAGCCUGAGGAAUUAAUGGGAACAGAAAUUACCUAAAUCUUAGCAUUGUAAAAAGAAAGACACUUUGAGAAGUGAACUGAGAGAUGUAAAACAACCAUGAAGUGUGCAAUAUCAGCUGCAUGUGGCUUA